CAGCAGUAGCCUUACCUGACUUACUUGUCUGGAGGACCUAGAGGGAACAAGAUGUUCUCCUGUUUCCAGGGUUCAAGAGACUUGGGCCACAAGAAAUCCAAGAGCGGUUUCCUUGUUCGCUUUUGGAGACAUUUGAUUCACCCUCUGACACACUUCAGACAUGCUUCCCACAGUGAGCCCAAGGUCUGUUCUCAAAAUGAACAGGAGCCAGAUUCUCUGCCCAAGCGCCCCCAGUUCAACUAUGACAGCCAAGAAUACAUUCACCAAAUGACCCACUACAUUCUAGCUGCUAUUCAGAAGCGUGACCACAUCCAUAUCGCCAUUUUUCUCGGUGUCUACCGAACGUACGCUAGCACUUGGGAGGUGCUGGACCUGCUGAUGAGAAUGUAUGCAUCCUUCCAGCCUGACUGUAUAAAGGACCAGCAAACUAGGAG